UACACUCCUCCAAUGUUUACGUUUUAUAGCAAGAAAAUAAAUUCUGCAAAUUUUUGCUGAGCACAAUACCAAAUAAAAUAAACAACAAAUCGGGCACUAAACCGCACAAAUGUCGCUGCUGGAGCAAUACGAACAGCAGUAUGCUUCCUUAAUAGCCGAAAUAACGGCCCAUAUUGGACGACUGCAGCAGCAAAGCAACAACAGUGAACGCCAUGAUUUGUGCAGCAAGAUCGAUGGCAGUAUGGCCGAGGCCCAGGAACUGCUGGAGCAAAUGGGCCUGGAGGUGAGGGAACUGAAUCCCGGACAGCGGAGCAGCUUCAAUGGCAAACUGCAGGUGGCCCAGGCGGAACUAAAACGCCUGCAGGCGGAAUACCGGAUGAGCAAGGAUAAACAGAAGGCCCAGGCCAAUGCGUUCACCACUCUUGACUUGGGUGACAGCUACGAGGAUGUGUCCAUAAGCACGGAUCAACGGCAGCGCCUCCUGGACAACUCGGAGAGGAUCGAAAGAACGGGCAAUCGCCUGACUGAGGGAUAUCGAGUGGCGGUGGAAACGGAGCAACUGGGCGCCCAGGUGCUGAACGACCUUCAUCACCAAAGGGAAACGCUCCAGGGAGCCAGGGCGCGUCUUCGGGAAACCAAUGCCGAGUUGGGAAGGGCCUCCCGCACCCUCAACACCAUGAUGUUGAGAGCUUUGAGGGAAAAGGUAGUACUAUAUGGAGUGGGUGUCUGUUUUGUUGUGGCCGUGGGUGUCAGUCUCUAUUUGACUUUUGCACCCAGCUCUACAACAUCCGUCACGUCGUAGUAAUU